AGGCCAUCGGUCGGAUGACGAUACAAAGAUAGGGCACAACUUAAAAAAAAACCAAAAAAACCAAAACAAAACAAAAACAAAAACAAAAACAAAAAAAAACAUUAAUUUCAGAUUUUCACCUACGCAAUUGUAAAGGAAUGAUCUUUGAUCUUCAAGGUUCAAAGGGUAAAUUAUUUGUUGAAAAAGAGCUAGAGAUUUUGAGUCUUUUGGUAUGAGAUUCAAAGGGGCUUUUUAGAGGUGAAAUUUUCUGAAACAUUGAAAUAUUAUGGGAUUAGGGGGUGGGGGUGGUGGUACUGACCUCAUGGUAGAUGAGGGAAGUGGUGGUGAGGAGAUGUUAGAUAAUUCUUCAUCUUCAGUUUCAUGUUCAAUUUGUCUUGAUGAGGUUUUGAAUAAAAGGGGAGAUAGAUCAAGGGCGAUUCUUCAAUGUGGUCAUGAAUUUCAUCUGGACUGCAUUGGUUCCAUGUUUAAUUCUAAGGGGGGAGUGAUGCAGUGCCCAAAUUGUCGUAAAACUGAGAAAGGACAAUGGCAGUUUACACAUGGUUCUCAUUCAUCAUCAUUUUCUGAGUUUAACCUAGUUGACUGGGCGCAUGACGAUGAUCUUUAUGAUCUAACUUAUUCUGAAAUGCCAUAUGGAGUUCACUGGUGCCCAUUUCGUGGAUUGACUCCUAUUUCUUCAUCGUAUGAGGACAGGGAGUCGCCGACAACUAUUUUUCAUGAUCUACUUGGACAUAACGCCGUCUUAGCCGAACAUGCAGCGGUAUCAUCAGGUUCCCGUUCAUGCCCUUAUGUUGCCGUCUUUCAACCACUUUUAUCAUCAUCCACAAACUCCAACGAGCGGGUUAACAGUACUCCUAGUUUCAAUCAUCAAUGGACUGGCCCGUCUGGGCCAAAUGAAAUCUCAAGUUCUCAUCGAUUUCCUGCAGGGGAUAUCCAUUACCAAGUUUGGGACCAUCAUUCACCUCCAUAUUCUGCAACUAGCAGCCAUGUUGGAGCUGCUGAUCAGGGCACAAUUCCAUCUGCUGCUAUAAGACCUUCUAGGGGUGAUUCAGACGGUCCACCAAGAUCAGGGUCAGUACAUCCGUUUUUUGUUGAUCAAGGUUCUGGUUCUAGAGCUGGAACCUCCAUCAUGCCCUCAAUGGUACCCCCGUACGCAGGCGUCAGCUCUCGCGUUCAUGAUCGGGUUGAAGGUGUUCAUCAGCACCACCAGCAGCCACAAUUCCAUCCCCGGGCACCAAUGUUUUCAAAUGUCAGAAGAUCCAAUGGUCCGAGGGGAGCACCUCCUGUAACGCAACCACCAUCUUCUUCAGAACAUGGCAGCAACUUCUAUAUGUUACCGCCUUCAGGCUCUUCUGGUAGGAAUUUACAAGAAACAGUUAAUCCAUCACAUAGCCAUUUUUAUUCGUGGGAACGAGAUCGUUUUGCCCCUUUCCCUCUGGUUCCGGUGGAUAGAGAAUUGAGUUGGUGGCCUCCUCCUCUGGCUGUGGGCGGAUCAGAACCUGGGAUCAGGGCUAACGGCCAUUGGCACAGGCAUGGGUCAGAGAGGACGUCGUCACAAGGUCGGCCACCAUACCCUCAUCCUCCUGGUCAGAUGCAUCCUUUCAAUCGAUGAUGCCGAAAACUUUUCAGUGCCUGAAAACUUGGAAUAUAUGUUUAAAAGUGAUGUAUGUUGGGUUUUAUACUCCAACUGACUAUUAUACUGUUAAGUGGCCCCAAAAAACCCGAAACGAUCCAUUUGGCAGUCGAGCCACGGUGUGAUGAUUUUGGCCUCCUGUAAAAUCAUGGCCUGAAGAUAUAAAAUGAUACAUUUCUCACACAAUGGCUGAAGUGUAUUUUUGGGUGACUGGUGAUUGUUGUGCCGUUCCCAACCCGAUAUAAGAUUCAUUCCCACCUGCUCAUGUAUGUGCCUCUAAAAGAGAACUACAGAACCUUUUCUUCC